AUGAAAGCUGACCAAAAUUAUACAUUUACUGAAGAUAUUUCAAUAAUUCAAGAAACAAAAUUAGGCGGAAGAUCAUUAAUUUACUACUGGACAGUUCCUAAUACGGAUAAAUGCGAUUUUGCCUAUUCAAUUAUUAAUCAAAAGAAAGUUCACGUUCGAGAUUUCAAUCAAAACGAAUCAAUAACUAGAUGCUACAUGUUUUCAAUGCUUGGAGAUACAAAGAUCACUUAUUCUGUACCACAAUACUACUCUGCUCAGGCAAAUAAGCACUUUUACCUUAGAGUACCAGAUAACCAGAAUUACUCAAUUACAGUUGCCACAUUAAAUCAGAAAUAUGGAGCAUUUAAUGUUUCCAUUAGUAGAUUUGAUGAUCUCUCAGCUAAACUCCCAGAUAUCGAAGUUUAUUCCGUAGAUAACGUUUUAUGGUGGGUCUGGACACUUUUGUUUGGAACAUCCGGAUUUAUUAUGUUUAUUCUUACUAUUUGUAUGCUCAGGAGACCAACUCCAGAGAAAGAUUAUAUUUAUUAUUGGGGACCAAGUCAGUCCUCCCUCACAUCAACACUCCUCGGCGAAAUAUAA